UUUAAGUCCAUAUGUAUAUUUCAAGAAAUUCAUCACAUAUCAAAUUCAAACAAUUCUCUUUCUCUCUCUCUCUAGAUGAUGAUGAGUAAGAAUACUAAUAAUAGUUGGGGUAUAGUGACGGCGGCGGUCCGGCCGUGGGUGGCGAUCGCCGACGCGUCAUCGUGGUACUGCGGCGUCGUUCUGGUGGCGCUCGUCCUGCUCGGCGGCUCAGCCUCUAAAGAUAAUCAAGAAUUGGCGGCGGGCAGCGGGCAAUUAAUUAGGGCAGCGGCGUGCGAGGAAAUCUACGUUGUAAGCGAAGGCGAGACGCUGCACACAAUAAGCGAUAAGUGCGGCGACCCCUUCAUCGUAGAAAGGAAUCCUCAUAUUCAUGACCCCGACGAUGUCUUCCCCGGCCUCGUCAUUAAGAUCACCCCCCACCCUAUUAAUUAAUUAUUUAUCAGGGACACGUGUUGCGCCCUGAUUGGAUGGGUGGAUGCUUGCUUUUGACACAGAUUUCCGGCCGGUCGGUACAUCGACUUACACGUGGCGGGACACGUGUCCCUUUUUUUUUUUUUUUUUUAAUGCAAUCGAUAUAUAGAGAAUAUGAUAGUUUUGAUUAUAUAUAUAUAUAAAUAUAUACAGUGUGUUGGUAGAUGAUGGGUUUGGAAUGUCACGUUGAAAAGAUUAUUAAUAGUCUGAUUCAUC